AAAACCCUAAAGUUAGUUGUGCUCCCCAUUGACAUCAUUCCACUCACCUUCUUCACCUUCCCAUCCCGAGGCAGAACCUCCCAGUAUACAUUCUCUACUUACCCACCCUUUCGCUCCUCACUCCACUCUCAACUCUAUCUCUCUAGAAAGAUGGUCGUUCUUUGAUAUGUAUAUAUUUUCCCUCUCAUGUUCUACUAGAUAUAGUUUGUUUAGUUUAACAUGCAGGUGCAAUAUGUAAUAUCAUGGUUUCCGUCUUUGCGUACCAUACAUCGAUAUUCUAAUCUGUAUGUUCAUCUUCUUCAUUAAGCUAGCUUCUCCUUUUGCUUCUAACCAAUAUUUGAGUUCUUGCUUGAAAAACACUUCGUUCAAAAUCAAAUACGAGUACUGCUGAGUAGCAAUCAGCUGGCUCGUUACUCUUUCUGUGUGUGUGAGUGUGUGACAACGUUUUUUCGGUUCAUGACUAUAUAUCCGGCCAUUUGGUACAUGCAUGCAGUUAUCGUUUCAUGACUAGAUAGAUGCAGGAUUUGUAUUGUGGCACAAUUUUGCAGUGGCUACAUGUAAACUACAUGUGCGUCAAAGUCUUGCAUGCUUUUCACCUUCAUCCCCGCGUGACUUAUGAAAUUAUAUAUGACUAUGAUUUUAAGACCACACGGCACACUGGCCGGGCUUAUUAGUGAACUAGCGAUAUCGAACUUUAUAAGCUUUUUCCCUCUUAUUUUCCUUAUUAUAAAGAAUAUAACUACCAAAAAAAUAUAAUUAUACCAAAUACAUUUGCAAUGACACCAUUUGUUUGCACUAUAUAUAUAUAAAUAAAAGAGCCCUUCUAUUCAUAUCAUCCGGCCUACACCACAGUACACACGGCUACAGGUAUUUUUUAUUUAUUUAUUUUUUGUCAUAUUCUUGUUAAACUAAAUUAAUUAUUCUCCUUCCAUUCAUAUACCAUAUAUUUGAUAAGGAAAAAAAUGUGAAGCUGUAUAGUGCAAGAAUAAUGAGCUGGAUUUUUCUAUAUAUUCAUGGAUCAAUAUUUGGAGAUCCCACUUCAGCAUUGAGUAAUAGAAAUUAGAUCCCUACCUUUUGACUUCGUCUGGCCUGUAUCCACCUGCAGGCAACGUCUUUUUCCCUACCAUCGGUGUAAAAAAUUAUCAUAUCAUUGUCCUUUGGUUGAAAAUGGGUCCAUUAAUUAUCAUAUCAACGUCUAGUAUAUUUUCCAGUGCUAGUUCUUUCUGGUUGGUAGUCGGUAGCUAGCAGGCCUGGCCUGCAAAAAGCUCGAAAGUCGACAAGACCUCUGCAAACUCUUUAGUCCACACAUGGCUUACAGUAUAAUGUACAUUAGUCUUGCUGCAUGCAUGGAGCUGGAAGAAACUUUUGCUUUAUGCUUUUUUUUUUUCCUUUUCUUUUUACUAUAUAUAAGAGAUCGAUCUAGAUGUUGAUGGAUGCUUAGGAACCAAAGAAAGCGAUGUUGGUGUGGUUCAAUCCGACGACGGAUUUACGUGUGAAAGUCGUAAAAGACGAUCUCAGAUUGAGCCGCGCCAAUAUCACUUUCAAUAUCAUGAGUUCCUCUAUCCCUUUCCUCUUCUCUCCCUUUAGUUUCUUUCGACAACUUGGUUAAUUUAACUGAUAUUAUUCAUGAGUCUUUCAUUUUUCUUAAUAUAUAUAUAUAUGCCAUGUGUUUUGUAUAACCUCUCAGCUUCUUACAGCUAGCAGUUAGUAUUUAUUUCGGAGAAUUCAACUUUUUUGUACCAUAUAUUUAUUGAGGUCACAGUGAUUCGCUGAGGAACUGGCCAAGGUAUUUCGCUAGCCCUAUCUAAUUUAGUGUUUCCCCGUAUCAGCUAGCUAGCAUUUAAUAUUGCUGUUUUCUGGCUCCAAGCUGCAGUACUGCUUCCGUUUCAAAGAAAAAAGGUACGUUGUAAUAUUAUAUACAUACAGAACUUUCUAAAGUAGAAACUCUCUGUACAUGAUGAUCUGCUCUCUUGGGCCCUUGGCUCUUCAUCUCUGGAGCAAUGGAUCGGACUUCAUUUAAUUCAUGUUUUUUUUUUUUUUUUUUUGAAAAGACAUUUAAUUCAUGUUGAUCAUGUUAACCGUAUCUCCCGAUCAGCAUGCAAUCAAAUCAUCAUGUUGAAUAGCUAGCUGCAUGCAUGUGGUGAUCAUUAAAUUUAGUAUGCAUCAUUUGUUUUGACGGACACCUUUUGGUCGGUUAUAUAUAUAUAAACAUAUUAUAUAAUAUAUAUAUAUAUAUGCCACAAUUAGUAUAAUCAAUUACUUUUUAUUAGCCUUUACGAGACAGGGUGCCGUCAAAAAAUAAAAAAAGGGUCCUGGACUAUUUAUUUGAUGUGCACACCCCUGAUGAGUACACAUUAUACGUACGUACGUGAUAUAUGGUAGUGCUGUCUCCCGUACGUAGGAGUCUUGCCGGCCGUGUCACUUACCACAUCUGCCUUUUUUACUUUUUGUGUGUGUCGUGUGUGUGUGAAACGGCCGCGAGAAAACGUGUUCUGUCCAUGACCCGAUCGCGCGAGCUAGCAGCAUUAUUCAGUGAAAUUUUUGUCUAAAUCGAAGUUAAUCAUCAUGCAUAUCCCCGCCUACUAUUGGCCGGACACACACACACACAAAUAUAUAUAUAUAUAUAUAUAUAUAUGUAUGUAUGUAUGUCUAUGUAUAUUUCUAUAACCGUCUCCGUCUUCAAAGCUUAGCCAUCCAACGAAGAAAAGAAAAAAAAAAAAAAUUCUUUUGUUUUUUUGGAAUGAUCAAAGCCCUAACCCUAAUUAACCAUUACUACCAGCAGAAGAGUUUGGUUUUGUUAUUUGUUCUUUCUGUUGUCCGCAAAUUCAUCAGGGCCCCCCUCUCGAGGGCUCUCAGAGAGAGAUCUAGAGAGAGAGAGAGGGGAAAAAAAACUCUUGUGAUCUAUACAAUGAUCUUAAUUAAUGAAAGAAAAUAUUAGUCAUGGAAUAGAGUCAUUUAGGAUCGAACGUCACAUUGAGGUAAAAGUUAGGAUUAGGCUUUUAGCCGCAAUACUCGAUCGGGGCAUGGGGUCGGACUUGCCGGAGGCAUAGGCCGGAAUGUGGGCCUCCGUCUCUUCACUGAGCGUUUGGAAGAGUUUCGCAUACCGCAGCCUGCCUCAACAGCCUCUCAAGCUCUCUGUUCACAAAUUGGAUGGCUCCUGCUUUGAGUUGUUUGUUGCAAGGACGGCAACAAUAGCGGAGCUGAAAGAGGCGGUGGAAGAGGUUUUCGGGCAUAUUUCACCAGAUGAUCAGGAUAGAGAAGACGUUACGAUUUCUUGGUAUGUGCACUACUGCGAUUUCUUGGAGCGCAAACGCACGUACACAACGGGAAAAACAAAGUGCCUUGUAUGGAGUCAUUUUUGCUUAUGCUACAAAGGUCAGAAACUAGUUGAUGAUAAAGCAUAUAUCCGACUGUAUGGAAUCAAGGAUGAGGAUCAGCUUUAUUUUGUUCGGCAUCUUUCAAUUAAUGAUCAAGAAGACUGGAGGUAGAUCAUGUAGUAGCUAGGAUGCAUAUGGAUCAAUCUUGCUGAUCAUUCACUAUCAUAUAUAUAUAUAUAUUUGGAAGAUCAAGGCUAGCUAGCUAGGGCCGGGCGAAGCUGCUGUAGUACGUACACAUGCGCCUACGUACCAAGCUGGGAUUGAAAGCUUUAUUCUUGAAGAUGAUAUAUAGAUGGAAAUUACAUUUUUGUUGGGAAGAGCUUAAUUUAUUAUUUAUCUAUAUAUAUAUAUGCAUGAGAUCUCUAGAUAGAUCGAGCUGAUCUCUUCUAGAGCACCUAGCCUAAACGUACGUCUAAUUAUUUAAGCUUUUGGUACGUAUCGCUGACUAAUUAGAUCGUCAUGAUCAAGCCUGAUCGUGGCGUUGAUCGAUCAUGUUCCAUCUCCACUUUUCUAUCGUCGACCUCUUUAUUUUCGGUCAAAGUAGUACUGCAAACUUUAAUCAUUCGUGCAUGGUAACAAAAGGCAUGGGAUACAGCCUGCGGCCUGAAUUAUAUUGUCAAUGGUACUGGUACUUAUAUUUGAGGAAUCAUGAUACAUUCAAAAGAUAAAAAGAUAUUUAUGAUUGUGAA